UCACCCGGCUGGGCGGCACGGCGGGGCAGGCCACGGUGGGGUAAAUCAACUAGGCGGGGUGUUCGUGAAUGGGCGCCCCCUGCCCGAUCUGGUCCGGCAGCGGAUUGUCGAGCUGGCGCACAACGGCAUCCGGCCGUGUGACAUUUCGCGCCAGCUGCGUGUCAGCCAUGGUUGCGUUUCGAAGAUACUAUCCAGAUACUACGAAACGGGCAGCUUUAAGGCGGGUGUGAUCGGUGGUUCGAAGCCGAAGGUGGCCACACCGCCGGUGGUGGAAGCGAUUGCGGCCUACAAGCUUCAGAAUCCGACCAUGUUCGCGUGGGAGAUCCGGGACAAGCUGCUGGCGGAUGGGAUCUGCGUGCACGAUAAUGUGCCGAGCGUUUCGUCCAUCAAUCGCAUCGUACGCAACAAGGCAGCGGAGAAGGCCAAGUACAGCUCACAGCGAUCGGACAACAGCGGUCUCGACAGUCCUCGAAUUCUUUCGCGCAACAAUCAACAGCAGCAGCAACAAACGCAACAGCAGCAGGAAUGUCUCAAUCAGCAGAUGCAGGCCGACCAGGAGUCGAUGAAGUCUCCGCAGCAGGUCGAGAACGUCGCGUCCCAAUCGUACAGCAUCAAUGGGCUUUUGGGGCUGUCGCAGAAAUCGCUGUCCGGUUCCAGCUCCAAGCGGCGCCGUAUCAAGGAAGAUCCUGACAUGAAGGGCAGUAUGUUGAGCUGUAUCAAGCGCGAUAAGGAGGCCAAAGAGAUGUCGGAAAGUAUGCUGCACGACAGCAUAGGCAAGGGAGGACCGGGCCCGGACCAGCAACAGCAACAGGACAAGGGACACGAUCUGUUUGUCGGUGGUGUGGACUUUGUUAGUUCGCUUGCGAUGGCACAGGACGAUGGUAACAAUCCGGACAAUCAGCAGCCCGGCUUCAGUAGCAUGCGGGCCGGUCCACGGGCCAGCCCGAUCCGGUCGCGCGAAAACGCACUCUUCCUGCUGGCGGCCGGUGGCGGUGACAAGGCGCACAAAUACCACCGCACGGACGAACCCAUGCCGGCUGGCGUAAUCAUCGAGGAUGACAGCAGCGCACGGAAGCAUCAGCAGGCCCAACAGCAGCAACAGCAGGCACAUCAGGCAAGCGACGUAAAGUCGACGUACGAUAAGAUACUCGCCGGUGAGCUAGUGCCCGGGACGGCGGUCAAACGCACCAACACCACCGAACCAACCGCCCUGACGCAGUCGUCGAUCGAGUUCCUGAGCGACAUGAACAACAACAUCUCCCAGAACCAGCACCAAGGCUUUGCGGCGGCCGCGUACGAAGGGGCGUACAGUGCGGCCGACGCCGCCGACACGGCCGUACAGCUGAACCCGCACCUGGCCGCCUGUUCGUCGAACUAUUCCGCCUUCCUGCAGAACACGGACCAGUUUGCGGCGGCCAACCCGGAGCUGAUCUUUCCGACCGCGGCCUACACGCAGUACGCGGCGCCCGGGUACGGUACGUUCAACUACAACUCCUCGUUCGCCAACAACAACCUGUGUCGGGAUCUCGGUCAGAUUCACUACCCGGAGGAGCAGUAGUAGUGCGUCUGUAGCUAUAAUGGUAGUGGUUAGUAGUGGCGUUAGUGGAUAGCAACGUGGAACGGAGUGAUUUCUUUAGCCCGU